UCCGCCUUCUGGUGGCCAACAGACUCAAUUCCAAAAUCAUUGGCGUCCAUUUUCGUGAGGCUGUGACCCAUGUGCAAAGAGUUUGACAUAUUUAUUCAUUAUUUGAGGAUAUAGGCCUGGUGAUUGAAACUUCAGAGUUGUUCUAACACCAGAAAUGCCGGCACCAUACGAAGUGAAGUCCUCCUGGGCCGACGAGGUCGAGGAAGAAAGUGGGAGUCUGCCUGCUCCUACCGAGGUCUACGAGAACGGUUUCAAGGUCCUCACAGAGUACAAGUACAACGAUGACAACAAGAAAGUCAAGGUUGUCCGCACCUACAAGAUCGAGAAGCGAAUAGUUUCGAAGACAAUCGCAGUGAGAAAAAAUUGGGCCAAAUUUGGAGACUCAUCGGACGACAGGCCGGGUCCCAAUCCCGCUACAACAAUUGGCGCUGAGGACGUCUUCAUGCAGUUCAUCUCCAGCAAGGAGGAGGAGAACAAAGUGGAAGACGAGUCCCUGGAGAAGCUCAAGAGCAUGGGCGACAAGGGAAUCGUCAAGUGUCGUAAUUGCAAUGGCGACCAUUGGACAUCAAAGUGUCCUUACAAGGACACAGUUCUGGCUGGUGGAAAAGUACCCGAUGACAAAAAACCACCGACACGUCCUGGAGCACCUGAGCCUGCACCACAGCCUGGUGGGGAAAAUCAAAAGGGCAAAUACGUGCCACCGAGCAUGAGGGAUGGGGGCAACAGGCGUGGUGACUCCAUGCAAAUGCAGAGACGUGACGAUACCACUGCCAUUCGCAUAUCCAAUUUGUCAGAGAGCACCAACGAGGCGGAUCUUGAGGAGCUGGUGAAACCCUUUGGUUAUGUUCUCAAGCAGUAUCUUGCCAAGGACAGGAAUACCAACCUCUGCAAAGGAUUUGCCUACGUUCACUUCAAGUACAGGGAGGAGGCUGCCAAGGCUAUCAACCAUCUCAAUGGAUAUGGGUAUGAUCAUCUCAUUCUCAGUGUCGAUUGGUCGAAACCACCUGCACAGCAGAACUAACGAGGAUAUGUUCUCUCGGGGAUCGGUGGAGAAAGGUUUGCGCACGUCUGUAUCGAGGCAUCAAGGGGUCAUUGCGUGGAUUAAAAUUCUUGAUAAUUGAUUCGACGAAAUUACGAUAGCCCCUUCGCCGUGCGGAGAUGUCGUUCGGAAAAAUUACCCAACAGAAAAAUAAACAGUGCUUCUGAAUAGAAUCAUUAGUUUUUUUAAUUGGGGAGAAGAGAUAGUUUUUAAUCAUGAAAUUGUGUAUUUCACGCUGAAGGUCAAUAAAAAUAUUCCAUUUCAUUAA